CGGGAGACUCGAUGAGUGCAUGUAAACAAACCUACCUCCCAGUGCAAUCUAUAUUUUUGCAUUUAUCAGUUGUUUUCAAGUAUUCUCCGAGACCCCACUGAAACAUCCAUUAUACCUUGCUACUCUGCGACAUCAGGCAAGAUUGGCUUUUUUCCCGGCUGAAGAGAUCCUAAGUAAAUCAGAUAACGAUGGAUGACCUGACGUGCACAGUUUGUUCAGAGGUGUACGAAGGUGGUGUCCGAGAGCCAGUUGUCCUUCCUCUUUGCGGCCACACUUUCUGCCGUCCUUGCUUGUACAACCUGGUCGAUGUCAAUCCAUCCCUUAAAUGUCCCACUUGUCGAAAGAAACACAAAGGCUUGUCAGUAACUCAACUCCCUACUAACUUCACCGUCCUUACUCUUGCUUCUAACCAAAAGCACAAGCAGCAAAAAUGCGAAAUGUGUGAGUUCCAUGGAGACCCUGUUAGGAUGUGGUGCACCACUUGCCAAAAAGCACUUUGUGGACAAUGUCUCUUUGAGGGCCACAUGACAGAUGGCCACUCUGUUGUGAAAGUCCAGGUCAUUUUAAUGGAAAGGAAACAGUUGAUAGAAGAUAAAGCCAAGAGAAUCCUCAGGUUCAUUGAAGAGGAGAAAAAAAAUUUAGGCAAAGAGGUUCAUAGUAUUGCCCAUAAACUAGCGGGUAUCUACAAGAGAAGUAAGAUCCUGACGCGUUAUGCUCAAGAUACUGAAAGAAUUUUGAAAGACGUAAGGAAGACAGUGCGCCUAAAAUCUGUUAUAGCUAAUGAAAAUAAACUUGAAAGUCUUUCCCCCUUAAUUGGAAUUAAAAGCAUUGAGGAUGAAGAAAAUACGGGUAGUACUAAAGGGACGAAAACCUCCCCUGAACCUUCCACAGACCAACCAGGCAUUCCAGUAGGGAAAGAAAUGACUCUCACACCUUCCCCACGCUCACGCUCUAAAAAGUCUCACGUCCACAGAUCCAGCCGUAAAUCUGUUGUUCUUCCUUUGCCAGUCUCUGAAGCCGACAACAAUAACACACAGAAUAGUGAUAUUAGUAAUGCCAAUGAAACUUCUAAGCUGCUUAAAUUUCAAGCAUCUCCUGCUGACCCUGGAUCUGGUGCAGAUGAAAAAUUCCUGGCUUUGGAUGAGUCAGACACAGAACAGGAUGAUUCACUCAGGUCCAACAGAGAAGGUGACACAAAAAACGAGGCAGGUUCUGAAUGUCAAAUGUGGCCUUUGCGUAGAUGUGCUCCUGGUGGUAACAAACAAUGGCCGCAUAUCAACUGGCAGGACUUCAUGACCCAGGUUCCUGCUGUUCAGUUAUUAGUACCUCCAGAGAACCCCGAAGUCAUGAUGCAGCUUGGUGUACGAGGUACAAUUCUUGGUCGAAUACAUAUCCGUCUCUGGGGUCAUCUUCGUCGAGCACAGCAUUUCUUGGCAUUGUGUCUUGGCACAUUUGGGCCCUCAUACAAAGGAUCCAAGUUCAGCAAUGUUGCGAGGAAGGGCCAGCCUGGAGAAAGUUUGGUUGGUGGUCGCUAUAUUACAGAGAACGGCAUUAGUGCCGAGGGUCUAAUGGAUGCCCUGGAAUGGCGGGGCAGAUAUUCAGGCUCUGUUACUGAAGGAGUGCUUGGAGGUGCCAGUGAUGGUGAUCCCAAAUUGGAAUCGUUCUUUGGAAUCUGUACGAGAGACUAUCCCGAAGGAGAGUACUAUUGCCCAUUUGGUGAGGUUGUGUCAGGACUCGAAGUAGUGCAGAAGGCUGUGUGCCAAGACCCAGUGACGGAUGUUGUUAUUACAGAGGUCACCUCUGCCUUCUCAAGAUUCAAGGAUAAGUGAGAAUGAAUUUCAUUUAGAUACAGUAAUUCCAAGUUUUUUAACCGUGUGAUGUUGUUGCCAAACUUAAAUGUACUUGGUUCUGUAAUUUUCUUUUUUCACAUUAGAUAAUAACAAUGUUUUUAGCAUGCCUUUAUUCAAAUCUAAACACAGGACAAUGUGUUAGUUCUUCCAUUUUGUUUUUCUCAAUUAAAUUAUAAUUGUUCAGUAGAUUGAUACGUUUCAUCUGACAAAAUUAUAAAGCAAAUUAGAAAUUCUACAUUUUUUCAAACUUAGAAAUAAUCUUUAAUGCAUUUUAAGCUGUUAGAUGUCAUGUGAGAGAGAAAUUGCAUUUCCCUGUUUAUAUACUAUAUACGUUUGUCAAUCUGUGAGUACAUCAGUUUUUAAUUAACGUUUACCAACCUCAACAGCACGAAUGUGUAGAGGUGCAUGUUCAAUUCAAUAUUUGCGUAGAAUAACUGAGUAACAUAAAAGGAUUCUGUCAUUUUAUGUAAACGUUGAUAAAUGAAUUAUUAGUGUGUUUGCUAAUGCUCUCGCCCUUAAACAGGUUCAUUCCUGUAGUUUUAUGUGGUUGCAAGAAAAAUGUGCGUGUAGGAGUUAGUUUGUAAAGCCUUUAUCAUUUGUUAUUGUAUGUGUUUGUUUAACUGCCAUAUUGCAAGUGUUUUGAAUCAGGUAGUAAUGUAGUUGGAACACACCAGUUCAGGUGAACCAUCUUUUAGCAACUAGUUCCUAGAAAUCAAUCAUUCUAGAGUUCUUUGUUAUAGAAUGAAACUUGAAAUACAACUUGUUAAAUUUGA